AUGGACUCUUUCGCUGUCAUCGCCACCUUCUUCUCUACCGUCGCAGCGCAGGCUGAGGACACCACAAUGGAGCAGCCGCCAACCAACGAGGAGGGUAGCGGAAACGGUGGAGGCGCGGACCACGCCUUCGACUGUAUGACCACCCAUGACAAUGAUCGCAUUAUCAUUAUAACACCUGCUUUCGAUAUUCUCUGGAUGUUUAUGUCCUUCUUGCCGCCGAUGGGGCAAGUGGAAUCUCAUCGUUGA